UUGAACCUUUUUACUGUAAGUAAGAACAAAUCCGCGCCAAUCUCCCGCCAUUAUUUUCCCAGCAGUUACUGCUUCAGCUUCCAUAGCAAUCUUGAAUCACCAUCAAAGCUCUCUCAAUUUCAUGCUCAUUCUGCGUUCUUCUUCUCUGCGCUUAAUUUCUCUUCACCACCCUCACCCUCACCACCACCACCGCCACCGCGCAUUUUCCCAUUUCUUUAAGAAAAACCCUAACAGUCGGCCGCUUUCUCUCUUCCUCUGUAACUCCAAUUUCAAAUCCAAAUCCACAAUGUCUAAGCCUCCCAACGCUUUCGAUAUUCUUAUGAGGAAGAAAUCCGCCGCUGAUGAUAAAAAGCGAAAAUCUCCCGGUUCCCAAAUUGCCCCUCCCCAAACCCUAACCAAUUCCUCCUCGGAAAACCCUAAUUUACCACAAUUAGGGGAACAGCAACAGCAGAAGAAGCAAGAAAAUGAGAAAGAGCAACAAGUUGUUGUUAAUUCUAAGAAGCCGCGGUUGGCUAUUGCGGAGAUGAAAGGGAAGAUUAAAUCUCUGAUGAAACUUCCUAAAGAUUUUGACCCUGGAGAAGUCGUUUGUUGGGAGAAAGGCGAAAAGGUUCCGUUUGUAUUUGUUUGUUCAGCUUUUGAGUAUCUUGAAGAUGAGAAAGAGAAAGGAAGGGGUAAUAUUACUAAUGUGGCUACUAAUUUGUUGAGGACUGUUAUUUUUACCACCCCUGAUGAUUUGUUGGCCUUGGUUUAUCUUUUGGCUAAUCGGAUUGCCCCUGCUCAUGAGGGAGUUGAGUUGGGUAUUGGCGAAGCUAUGAUUGUUAAGGCUCUCGCCGAGGCGUUUGGGAGGACUGAGAAACAAGUUAAGAAGGAGUAUGAGACCACAGGAGAUUUGGGACGUGUUGCUCAAGCAAGCCGCUCAUCACAAUCUAUGAUGCGUCAACCAGACCCUUUAACAGUUGCCAAAGUAUUCAAUACGUUUCAGCUGAUUGCAAAGGAAUCUGGGAAGGACAGUCAAGAGAAAAAAAAGAACCGUAUCAAGGCACUUCUGGUUGCAGCCACUGACUGUGAGCCUCAAUAUCUAAUUCGUCUGCUUCAGGGAAAGUUGCGAAUAAAUAUGGCAGGGCAGACUCUUUUGGCUGCAUUGGGACAAGCUGCUGUGUUUUCUGAAAAGCAUGGCACUGCACCUUCUGUCCAGUCUCCUUUAGAUGAAGCUGCAAAGAUUGUUAAACAAGUGUAUUCUGUACUCCCUGUCUAUGAUAGAAUAGUCCCUGUUCUUCUUAAUGAUGGCGUAUGGAACCUUACUAAGACAUGUAGCUUUACACCUGGUGUUCCAGUUGGACCGAUGCUUGCAAAGCCAGCCAAAAGGGUUGCUGAUAUACUAGAAAAAUUCCAGGGUAAAUUUACCUGUGAAUACAAGUAUGAUGGUGAACGUGCCCAGGUACAUUAUAUGGAAAAUGGUUCAGUUGAGAUAUACAGUCGAAAUGCUGAGCGGAAUACUGGAAAGUAUCCUGAUGUUGUUGUUGCAAUUUCAAGAUUAAAGAAGUCCUCUGUUAAAUCGUUUGUUUUGGACUGUGAAAUAGUUGCUUAUAACCGUGAGAAAAAUAAAAUUCUGCCUUUUCAGAUCCUUAGUACCCGGCCGCGGAAAAAUGUGGUAAUUAGUGAUAUCAAGAUCAACGUUUGCAUAUUUGCCUUUGAUAUAUUAUAUCUUAAUGGAGAACCAGUUAUACAUAAACAACUUGAAGAGCGUAGAGAGAAGCUUUAUGAUUCAUUUGAGGAAGAGGCUGGAUAUUUUCAGUUUGCAACAGCAAUAACCUCAAGUGAUAUCGAGGAAAUUCAGAAGUUCCUCGAUGAUGCUGUUGAUGGAAGUUGCGAGGGUUUAAUCAUUAAAACGUUGGACAAUGAAGCUACUUAUGAGCCUUCAAAGCGAUCAAAUAACUGGAUAAAAUUGAAGAAGGAUUACAUUGAAAGUGUUGGGGACUCGCUAGACCUUGUACCUAUUGCUGCUUUCCAUGGUCGUGGAAAGCGUACUGGGGUAUAUGGUGCCUUUCUUCUUGGUUGUUACAACAGCAGUACUGAGGAGUAUGAAAGCAUAUGUAAAAUAGGCACUGGAUUUUCGGAGCAAAUGCUUGAAGAACGUUCUAGUAGUCUUCGUUCUAAAGUGAUUUCUCAACCAAAGUCAUACUACAGGUUUGAAGAAAAAAUUAAACCAGAUGUUUGGUUUGAGCCGAGUGAGGUGUGGGAGGUCAAAGCUGCAGACUUAACUAUUAGUCCUGUUUAUUGUGCUGCAGUUGGUAAAGUGAAUUCUGAAAAGGGAAUUUCUCUCAGAUUUCCACGUCUAAUGCGUGUCCGGGAGGACAAGUCCCCAGAAGAUGCCACAUCAUCUGAGCAGGUUGCCGAGUUGUAUAAUGCUCAGAAACAAAAUCAACCUAAUGGGGCUCAGGCUGACAGUGAUGAUGACCAGUAGCUGAAGACUUGAUCGACUGUUCAGUCGAUUUCCUGGGAAUUUUUCCUGCAAACAUCAGCAGCAUUGUGGAUACUUGUGAGUAAUUAUAUCAUCGAGCUGAAUGCAUAAUCUCAUCCUUCAGAUGUGCAUAUAUUUACAUGGUCAGGAUGACACUAAAAUGAAAAUUUCCAUCCCGAUUCAAACUGUAUUUAAAGUUUCUCCACAAUUGAAGCAAAGUCGGACUCUAGUGUUUCAAAAUCAUUUGUUCAACUGUGUUGCUUUAGUGAUGAUAGGAUUGAUAAAGAUUAAACGAAAUUGUCUUAAUCGGAAAUUAGGCAAAGAAUACCCGUCCAAUCAUAAUUCGGUUGCGCUUUUGAACAUCUAACAGAGUUGGCGACAUAAGUUCUUUGAAUAUUUCUCUAAUGUUGACAGUGUAGUGUGUGUAUUUCUGCUUUAAUGUAUCACUUUGCGUAUAGUAUUUCUCCA